AUGCUGUGGAGCAGCAAGGAGUACUGUAACGCAGGGCCUGGGCCAGUCACCUCUGAGGCUGUGGAGCAGCAAGGUGAGUCGCUCAGCAGAGACACACCGAUCUCUGUGUCUCAUACUGUACCAACCAGGAGUACUGUAACGCAGGGCCUGGGCCAGCCACCUCUGAUGCUGUGGAGCAGCAUGGAGUACUGUAACGCAGGGCCUGGGCCAGCCACCUCUGAGGCUGUGGAGCAGCAAGGUGAGUCGCUCAGCAGAGACACACUGAUCUCUGUGUCUCAUACUGUACCAACCAGGAGUACUGUAACGCAGGGCCUGGGCCAGCCACCUCUGAGGCUGUGGAGCAGCAAGGAGUACUGUAACGCAGGGCCUGGGCCAGUCACCUCUGAGGCUGUGGAGCAGCAAGUCGCUCAGCAGAGACACACUGAUCUCUGUGUCUCAUACUGUACCAACCAGGAGUACUGUAACGCAGGGCCUGGGCCAGUCACCUCUGAGGCUGUGGAGCAGCAAGGUGGAGUGAAGUGUCCUGUGUGUGACUAUGUGUACGGUACCAAGUGGGAGAUGAACAGACACCUGAAGAACAAGCAUGGCCUCAAAGUGAUUCAGAGUGAGGUGCUUGGUCUCAACCAAUGGGAGGUGGUGGAGCAGUCGGUGGAGGAGCCCCUUACCCAGUACCUCCACAUCACUGAGACAGAGGACCCCCAGGGGACCGAAGCUGCCGUGUCGGCCCUCCAGGAUCUCAGGUUCACAGAGAACGGGGUGGUGGCGACCACCACAGAAGGGCUGGAUCCCACCGCGGUUAACAUCCUGCAGCAGAUCAUUGAGCUGGGGGCGGAGUCUAAUGAUGCCACAGCAGCCUCCAUGGUGGCCAUGGUCCCUGGCAGAGUGACAGUGGUGGAGCAGGUGGCUGAGGAGGAGGAGCAGAGGAGCCACAUUGUGAUGAUCCAGGACUCCUUCCAGCAGGCAGCCUCCAUGGGGCUGGGUGAGGAGCACCAUCUGGUGGUGUCGUCUGAUGAUGUGGAGGGCAUGGAGACGGUCACCGUGUACACUCAGGGAGAGGACGCCUCCCAGUUCAUCGUCUAUGUCCAAGAGGCUGUGCAGACCGAGGAGCAUACUGUGGAAUCUAUCUGAGCAGGACAGAGCGUUGGUGCAGGCAUGGAGGAGCAGUCAACAGUUUCAUCCUGGGUCAUUCAGUAGGUGGAAGACAUUUUUAACACGGGGAGAUAUUACCUGAACUUGGUCCAAUUAGAACACAGAUUUGCAUUGUUCCGUUGCUAGACAUUUUUCUACAGUGUUGCCUAUUGAACUCCACCCUGGCUUGCUCUAUGAAACCCACAACCAAUCUCCAAUGGCUUUGAUUGGAAUAACAUAGUGGCUUGAAAUGUAUCAUUUCAUCGCUUAUGCCUUUUCUCUGUGAUUAGCAUAUCCUUACGUUAAUUCAACUUAAUAUAGCAAAAGGCUUUUCUUAGAAAACCAGAUUUUGGAAUGUACUUUUUAUAGAAGUGUAUAAGUCAUUUAGUAAGGGGAUAAUUCAAAUAUUCAUGGCGGGAUUCAAUCUGUAACGCUGUGGACAAUGAGCCUUUGAAAGGCUUCGUUACGGCGUUCACAGAGAUCACAUUCAAGGCAAAAGCCUUAAUCGGAAAUGACCUUUUAAAAUAUCAAGAGCCUUUUCAGAUUGCAUCUCGGCCUUUUACUUAACUUACAACAUAGUUGCAGUUUUUGCAUGAUGUGCCUUUUAAUGUUUACAACGGAUCAUUUACAGGACUGGAUUCUUUAUAGGACUAGAUUGGUGAUCAUGUUUUUCUAUAUACACCCCCCCCCAUCCCAUCCUGUUGACUAAUAUUUCUACACCUAUUGGAAUGGUAGUCAAUGAACAAUUAAACGUAUCAUGACCAACUCAA